GAAAAGAUGAUGAAGGAGAAACUAUAGAUAUGACUAUGCUCCGAAUAGAAUAUGUGAAGGCUUUUCCGAUUAGGGGAUAUCAUCCAGAAAAAUUGAUAUAUUUAUGUAUUGUCACAAAUACAAAAAAACAAAGAUCUAUAGCUCUUAAUAUUAUUCUAAAACAUAAUUCAGAAAUUGAAGAUAUGUAUAAGCUAGAAACAGCCUCGGAUGAUACGAAAGCAUAUUAUUGA